AUGUAUAAGCUUGUUGGUUCUUCACCAGGGGUUGCUGACGGUCUGGUACCACCAGCUGACGCUCUGGUAUCACCAGCUGACGGUCAGGUACCACCAGCUGACGCUCUGGUACCACCAGCUGACGCUCUGGUAUCUCCAGCUGACGCUCUGGUACCACCAGCUGACGCUCUGGUAUCACCAGCUGACGCUCUGGUACCACCAGCUGACGCUCUGGUACCACCAGCUGACGCUCUGGUAUCUCCAGCUGACGGUCUGGUACCACCAGCUGACGCUCUGGUAUCACCAGCUGACGGUCUGGUACCACCAGCUGACGCUCUGGUAUCUCCAGCUGACGGUCUGGUACCACCAGCUGACGCUCUGGUAUCACCAGCUGACGGUCUGGUACCACCAGCUGACGCUCUGGUAUCACCAGCUGACGGUCUGGUACCACCAGCUGGCACUCCGGCACCUUCAGCACCAUCAGCUGACACUCUGGUACCUUCAGCACCAUUAGCUGACACUCCGGCACCUUCAACACCAUCAGCUGACACUCCGGCACCAUCAGCUGACACUCCAGCACCUUCAGCGCCAUCAGCUGACACUCCGGCACCUUCAGCGCCAUCAGCUGACACUCCGGCACCUUCAGCACCAUCAGCUGACACUCCGGCACCUUCAGCACCAUCAGCUGACACUCCGGCACCUUCAGCUGACACUCCGACACCACCAGCACCAUCAGCUGACACUCCAGCACCUUCAGCACCAUCAGCUGACACUCCGGCACCUCCAGCACCAUCAGCUGACACUCCGGCACCUUCAGCACCAUCAGCUGACACUCUGGUACCUUCAGCACCAUCAGCUGACACUCCGGCACCUUCAACACCAUCAGCUGACACUCCGGCACCAUCAGCUGACACUCCGGCACCAUCAGCUGACACUCCAGCACCUUCAGCACCAUCAGCUGACACUCCGGCACCAUCAGCUGACACUCCGGCACCAUCAGCUGACACUCCGGCACCAUCAGCUGACACUCCGGCACCUCCAGCACCAUCAGCUGACACUCCGGCACCUUCAGCACCAUCAGCUGACACUCUGGUACCUUCAGCACCAUCAGCUGACACUCCGGCACCUUCAACACCAUCAGCUGACACUCCGGCACCAUCAGCUGACACUCCGGCACCAUCAGCUGACACUCCAGCACCUUCAGCACCAUCAGCUGACACUCCGGCACCUCCAGCACCAUCAGCUGACACUCCGGCACCUUCAACACCAUCAGCUGACACUCCGGCACCUUCAGCUGACGGUCCGUCACCACCAGCUGACACUACAGCACCACCAUGUGACCCGCACCAUCAGCUCACACUCCCACAUCAACUGACUCUCACCCAGCCCCAGUUGACGCUCCCACAUCAGCUGACGCUCACCCAGCCCCAGCUGACGCUCCCACAUCAGCUGACGCUCACCCAGCCCCAGCUGACGCUCCCACAUCAACUGACUCUCACCCAGCCCCAGCUGACGCUCCCACAUCAGCUGACGUUCCCACAGCAGCUGACGCUCCUACAGCAGUUGACGCUCCCACAGCAGCUGACGCUCCUACAGCAGUUGACGCUCCCACAGCAGCUGACGCUCCUACAGCAGCUGACGCUCCCACAGCAGCUGACGCUCCUACAGCAGCUGACGCUCCCACAGCAGCUGACGCUCCUACAGCACCUGACGUUCCCACAGCAGCUGACGCUUCCACAGCAGCUGACGCUCCUACAGCAGCUGACGCUCCUACAGCCCCAGCUGACACUCACCCAGACCCAGGUGACACUCCCACAGCACCAGCUGACAUAUAUUUCCAAAAAACUACCUCAGAUUUCCGAAAAACAGCCUCAUAUUUCAAAAAAACGGUCUCAUAUAUCUGAAAAACGGUCUCAAAUUCCUGAAAAACGGCCUCAUAUUUCUGAAAAACUGCCUCGGUUUCGUAUUUUUGUAAAACGGUCUCACAUUUCUAAAAAACAGUCUCGUCUUAGUGAAAAACAGCCUCAUCUUAGUGAAAAACUGCCUGAUAUUUCUGAAAAACAGCCUCAUCUUGGUGAAAAACUGCCUGAUAUUUCUGAAAAACAGCCUCAUCUUGGUGAAAAACUGCCUGAUAUUUCUGAAAAACAGCCUCAUCUUAGUGAAAAACUGCCUGAUAUUUCUGAAAAACAGUCUCAUCUUAGUGAAAAACUGCUUCAUAUUUCUGAAAAACAGCCUCAUCUUAGUGAAAAACUGCCUGAUAUUUCUGAAAAACAGCCUCAUCUUGGUGAAAAACUGCCUGAUAUUUCUGAAAAACAGCCUCAUCUUGGUGAAAAACUGCCUGAUAUUUCUGAAAAACAGCCUCAUCUUAGUGAAAAACUGCUUCAUAUUUCUGAAAAACAGCCUCACCUUAGUGAAAAACUACCUCAUAUUUCUGAAAAACAGCCUCACAUUUCCAAAAAACGGCCUUGUAUUUUUGAAAAACAGCUUCAUAUUUCUGAUGAACGGCUAAAACUACCUGAAAUUUCACUGACAUCACUUGGACUUGACUUUUGCCUGUGUGGCGUUUCUGUGGUAUCACAAAUAGCACUGUCUGAAGUUCCCACAAAACAUCCCGAGGUUUCUGGAGUACCACGGGUUCUCCCCGAGGUUUCUGGAGCACCACCGGCGCUCCUCGAGGUUUCUGGAGCACCACCGGCGCUCCUCGAGGUUUCUGGAGCACCACCGGCGCUCCUCGAAGUUUCUGGAGCACCACCGGCGCUCCUCGAAGUUUCUGGAGCACCACCGGCGCUCCUCGAAGUUUCUGGAGCACCACGGGUUCUCCCCGAGGUUUCUGGAGCACCACCGGCGCUCCUCGAAGUUUCUGGAGCACCACCGGCGCUCCCCGAGGUUUCUGGAGCACCACCGGCGCUCCUCGAGGUUUCUGGAGCACCACCGGCGCGCCUCGAGGUUUUUGGAGCACCACCGGCGCUCCCCGAAGUUUCCAGAGCACCGCCGGCGCUCCUCGAAGUUUCCAGAGCACCGCCGGCGCUCCUCGAAGUUUCUGGAGCACCACCGGCGCUCCUCGAGGUUUCUAGAGCACCACCGGCGCGCCCCGGGGUUUCUGGAGCACCGCCGGCGCGCCUCAAAGUUUCUGGAGCACCACCGGCGCUCCUCGAGGUUUCUGGAUCACCACCGGCGCGCCCCGGGGUUUCUGGAGCACCACCGGCGCUCCUCGAAGUUUCUGGAACGCCACCGGCGCUCUUCGAAGUUUCUGGAGCACCACGGGUUCUCCCCGAGGUUACUGGAGCACCACCAGCGCGUCUCGAGGUUUCUGAAGUACCACCGGCGCUCCCCGAAGUUUCCAGAGCACCGCCGGCGCUCCUCGAAGUUUCCAGACUAACACCAGUAAAUUAUGAACAAUCUCUCAUGAUGGCUUCUGGCCGUCAGAGUUUACGUCCCAUGCCAAGAGUAACAAGCCCGCGUCUUCACUGCCUAAACACACACCACCAGCCAAGUCUGAAUGGUGGAGAAGCAAGGUGUAACAAUCGUAUAGAGAUUCUGACCCCACCAGAAGAAGAGGAAGCUACCAUUAUAUCUGCAAGAGACAAGUUUGCCCCAAGAUUUUCUCCGUCCAUGUUGACACCACCUGCAGAAGGCAUGUUGCAAUACAAGCAACAGAACUCUGAAUUUUGUUCUACUCAACGCGCGCUCCACACCCGGCAGCUAUACUGGCCGCAGCAGCCUGAUGCACAGUGUCUGUCUUCGUUAAAUCAACCCCCAUGGGGUUCACCCUGGCAAUAUUACAUGCACCAUACUCAAACUGCACAGUACUCACAGUAUUGCCAAUCAUUACAGGGUUUACUUGGUCAGAAUCUUUCAUGUCAGCACCCCCAGGGUUCACUUGCUCAAGACCUUCCAUCACGUUAUCAGCACCCACAGGGUAAUCUUCCAUCGCAUCAUCAGCAACCCCAGGGUUCACCUGCUCAGGACCUUCCAUCACGUUAUCAGCACCCACAGGGUAAUCUUCCAUCGCAUCAUCAGCAACCCCAGGGUUUACCUGCUCAAAAGCCAUUACAUCAUCAGCAACCCCAGGGUUCACCUGCUCAGAAUCCAUCACAUCAUCAGCAACCCCAGGGUUUACCUGCUCAAAAUCUUCCAUCACAUCAUCAGCAACCCCAUGGUUCAUCUGCUCAAAAUCCAUCACAUCAGCAACCACAGGGUUCACCUGCUCAAAAUCCAUCACAUCAGCAACCACAGGGUUCACCUGCUCAGAACCCAUCAUAUCAUCAGCAACCACAGGGUUCACCUGCUCAGAAUCCAUCACAUCAUCAGCAACCCCAGGGUUCACCUGCUCAGAACCCAUCACAUCAUCUGCAACCCCAGGGUUCAUUUGCUCAAAAUCCAUCACAUCAGCAACCACAGGGUUCACCUGCUCAGAACCCAUCAUAUCAUCAGCAACCACAGGGUUCACCUGCUCAGAAUCCAUCACAUCAUCAGCAACCCCAGGGUUCACCUGCUCAGAACCCAUCACAUCAUCAGCAACCACAGGGUUCAUCUGCUCAGAAUUCAUCACAUCAUCAGCACCCCCAGGGUUCAUCUGCUCAGAAUCCAUCACAUCAGCAACCACAGGGUUCAUCUGCUCAGAAUCCAUCACAUCAUCAGCAACCACAGGGUUCACCUGCUCAAAAUCUUACAUCGCAUCAUCAGCAGCCCCAUGGUUCACCUGCUCAGUAUCCAUAUCAUCAACAAUUCUGGGGUUCACCUGCUCAGAAUAUUCCAUUACAUCAUCAGCACUACAAGCGUUCUGCUCAGAAUUCAUCACAUCAUCAGCAACUUUGGGGUUCACCACAUUACCAAGCUCUCCAAGGUUCAUUUGUUCAGUACCCACAAUCUCAACAACUCUUGCAGGGUACAUAUACACAAUAUCCACUCCAUUACCAGUUUCAACAAGGUUCAUUCGCACAAUAUCAGUCACUAAAUCAAUCCCCACAUUGUUUUAAACAAUACCCAAAAGAGCAUCCAGCUUCACAAAGUUCUCAUAUACAAUAUCUACCUCCACAUUUGCAAACCCCACAGAAUUCACCUGCUCAGUAUCCAGUAUACCACAAAUCCCCAAAGUGCCCUAUUACUCAACAUCAUCAAAAAUAUACACACACUCAGUAUUCUGAAUCUACAGAUUCAGGAAGACAUAUUACACAGUUAUUGACUUGGUCCAAAAAUUAUGAACCAAAGAGUCAGUAUCAACAUCAACAAUGGCAGCACUUCCACUCCACAUCACAACAGCAUACAGCGCAAAAUUAUUACCACAAAAAAUUAAGGGGAAAAACACAAAAUCGGCAACAUUUGGGAGACGAGCAUCUGCCAUCCAGUGAAGUACAAAUGCAUGAUCAACACAUCCUAAGCAAGCAGGACUCUCAGACUGCAAGAGUGCUAACACACACAACUCACCACACGGCGUCCCAGUCAUUGGCAGAGCAACAAAUACCAUCUACUAAACCUAAUUAUGAAGAGCAACAUAAGAGGCUUCAGAGCUUAUCAUCUAAUGCCCUGAAUCUUAACAAAGGGUCUGAAAGCAGCUUACGUCAAAUGGUUCCUAUGAAGUUUGACAAUGGAGUCCAGGAUACAAACUUGAGACCAAGAGACGUCUUUCAGCAACAAAUGAACCUCCAAAGACCAAUGACAAACACUUUGAAUCACACCUACAAUUUAGAGGGAACCGGUGAACAUCAGUUUGAAUUGCCUACUCAACAACAAAGCCAAGAUAAUACUCAGAACUCGUGUCAAAAGAUCUGCACUGUUGACAAUGUGGUCCGGAAUGAUUACCUUAACAGUGAAAAUCAACUAAGUAAUGUAUAUUUAAUUGAAUACGUCUCAGAAUCUUCAGCUAUUUUUUGUCAUACUUGUGACAGUAGAGUUACUAGGGAAAAUUUCCUUGACCAUCUGUUUUUUGGCAGACUUCAGUGUAAUCACUGUUGUGAUAUUAUUGUGAACUGCAGAAGCUUGCAGCAUGUUAGGAGGUUUCCCGGAAAGUGCAUGAAACAUAAGAAUUAUAAACAUAACUUUAGCAAGUGGCUUGAAUGCCCAAUCGAUUACUUAAAAUACCAUAUUACUCUAAAGCUCAAAGGUUUUGGAAAAUAUAAAAAUGUUUCCCAACCAAAUGGGGAAAAUUUUGCCAGGUCAUUUGCUGCCUACUUGAAUAACUUAAAAAUCUUAGACAAAGUAAAUCCGUGGAUGUCUGCCAUUAGCCAGUGUCAAGAAUACUUGGAUUGCUCUGGUGUAUUACUCGAGCUCUGUUCCAAGACAUCAUCUGGUGAAAAACUUAUAUAUCAAAAAAAUCUUGCUAAGCAAAGUACUAAUAUUCAAGAAACCAGUCCUGUCAUGCAAAGUUCUAAUGAGCAUCAAAACAAUCCUACUAUGCAGAGUAGUGAUGAGAAGCAGUACAAUUGUACCAUACAGAGCACCAAUGAUAAUCAAUGCAAUCCCAUGCAGAGCACUGAUGAGAAUCGAUGCAAUCCUGAUAAGCAUAGUUCUCAUAAAAAUCAAAACCAAACCAAACAGAAUGCCCAAGAAUUUAAAAAUAAAAAACAGAGAAGCUACACCAAAACUUUAUGGAAAAAUGAUAAUAAUCAUUCAAAGAGUCUAGGCAAGACUAGAGAGAAAAACAGCAGUGUCACAAAGCAGCAAAAUGAAAAAAAUAAGCCAAGAAAUAGCUUAGCAGUUGAACCCAAAAGUAUAGAGAAACACACACUAGGAAUUUCUUAUGAACAAAAGAAAGAGCAUCCCCCCAAAAAGGCACAGGAUGCCAAUAACAUUUCUUGCCAUGCAUGGGACAGGAAGGACCAGGUAACCAAACAAAGGAUUAUCAGGGACGCCAGUGAUAUUUCACGAACACAAGCAGGAGUAACAUUACAACCGGAGACUUGCCAGUCUGAAAGAAUAUUAGAAGGUGGAGUUCAGGAAUCGGAAGUACCAAUAGCUGAGCUUAACCCGAAUAAUUUGGUUAAAAAGAAUGGAAAAAGAAAAAUGAAUGAUUGUGACACUUAUGCAAAGCAUAGCAAGGCUCGGAAAACUGGGUUAGUGUGUAAUGAAGAAGCCAUUGCCAAUUUACACACUCAAGUACAGUUACAAUCAAAGGCUUGUUGGUCUCGAGGGUUGUUUCAAUGUGCAAAUUGGAAAUCGGAGGAGCUUUCUCAACAGGAACCUUGUGAGCUUAAAGUGACUUCACCUGUGUAUAAAUCUGAAGAAAUUUUACAGCAAGAAUUUUAUGAACUGGAACAAAUUUCUCAGCCCGAAGCUUGUGGGGCAGGAAUAUCUGUACAACAUGAAAUUGUACAAUCUAAAGUUAUAUCAGAAACUGAUUGCUGUAAGCCUGACCCAAUGCACCAGCUCGCCUGUCCUUCAGUUCCAGUACCACAGGUUACAGUUCGUGAACAAUACGCAACAUCUAAGCUUAAAAUUUCUGAUGUACGUGAACUGCAAACAAAGUUUUCACCUGUGGUUUGCCAAUCAGAGACAGCGUACCAGCUAGCUGGGAUCCAAUCAGAAAUGACAUCUCAGCUUCUUGCACAACCAUCAAAAGUAGACUCACAGUAUGAAACUUUUGAACUUUCUGAAGAUUCUAAUCAUUUCCCUGCACUAAAUCCAAACAGUAGCAUUUCAUGCAUUGAAUCUUCAACAGAACUCGCCACAGGAGUGCAAGAUGCCUCUGAUAUAGCCCCUUUAACAGAACUGGCCACAGGACCACAAUAUGGCUAUUGUAUGCCCACUUUAGGGAAACUGGCCCCAGAAGCACCACAAGAUGACUCUAAUGUGGAAGCUGCAAGUGGAUGCGUGAUUGAAUCUCCAAUAAGACCCGUCAUAGAAAUACCAGAUGUGGCUGCUGCAAUUGGGUACACAAUUGAGGAAGAUAGGAGUGGCUGCCUAACAAUAAAGAAGAAAGAAAUGUCCAGCUCAGUUGGAGAGAAGACAGCACAGAGGAAGAUACUAGAUUUACAGGCUGGGUGGAUCGAGGGUGCUAGUGAUGAUUCCGGUGCUGAGAUGGUGGCCCUUGUAGAGGAAUCAAGAUGUGGAGAAGAGAAGACACACGAAAAUAUGGAAAUGCAAAUUAAAAAUGAAUUGGAAGGUAUUGCAGUAUCAUUUCCUGAAGAAGAAUCCAAUCCAAGAAUAGAACAUUGGCCUAGACAGAUUUGGAAUCCAACAGUGGUCAAUGGAAUUCAGUUACCCAUGGACCAUGUGGAAGACAAUCGGUAUCUGGUGAUAAGAUACCCCGAGGAGGAGUGCCCAGAAGAAUGCCCUGAGUGCUAUUGCACCUUCUGUGCAUCCAUGUUAUACAUUAACUAUAAAACGUUGCUAAUCACUCUUGUCUGUCCUGAUUGCAAUCUUUCCAUUUUUAUUGUCCCUGAUGAGAUGUCUAUGAGCAGAUUUUCCAAAGAUGUAAAAAGGGCCAAUUGGUCACUGUAAAUGUGAAUAACAAAAUAUAAUUUUAAAGUGAUAUUUUACUGACAUGCACUUUUUAAUACAAGCUGCAUAUUGACAAAGAUGUAUGUACCAUACAUGUAAUAAAAUAUAUUUUUCUUAA